CUCUCCUGGGUUACUGGUCUGAGGUGUGGACCCUGUGUGAGGCCCUGUGGGGCCGGCUGGGUCCCGUUGACCAGGAGCCCACCGUGGAGGCGCCGGGCGAGUACGAGCAGCAGCUGGAGAGGAGGCGGAGCUUCUCGGCCUGGCUGUCCCGCGGCGCCACCUGCCGGGUGGAGGAGGAGGUGGCGCUGGCGGGGAAAGGUCGUCACAUUGAAGCCAUCUUCAGCUACCUGACGGGAAACCGCAUCAGCGAGGCGUGUCGACUGGCGCAGAAGGAAGGAGACCACCGUCUGUCCCUGCUGCUGUCUCAGGCCAUGGGCUCUCAGUACUGCCGCGACCUGCUGGCCCUCCAGCUCGCCGACUGGAACCGCACGCAGACGGACUGCUACCUGCCCGAGGAGCGUCUGCGCAUCUUCACGCUGCUCGCCGGGAAACCGGUGUGGCAGUCGUCGGACUCGGUGGUGAACGUCUGCUCGGAGCUGGACUGGAAGCGCUGCGUGGCCGUCCACCUCUGGUUCAUGCUGCCUCCCACCGCCUCCGUGGCCGACGCCCUCGCCAGAUACGAAGCUGCCUUCCAGGGAUCCUGUGAGGGGGGGAAGUACGCCUGCGCCCCCCUGCCUCCGUACCUGGAGGCGGAGCUGCCUGAUGGCGAGGAGGAGGAGGAGGAGGAGUCUAAACGUCCGCUGCACGACCUCUGCUUCCACCUGCUCAAACUCUACAGUGACAGACACUACGGCCUGCAGCAGCUGCUGGACCCUCUGACCGUCACCUGGGAGCGUCUGGAUUACCGUCUGAGCUGGCACCUGUGGGGCGUCCUGCAGGCGCUGCACUACAGCCACCUGAGCGCCUCGCGGCAGGGACUCCUCCACGCCAGCUACGCCGCGCAGCUGGAGAGCGCCGGCCUCUGGCACAUGGCCGUCUUCAUCCUGCUGCACAUCCCCGACCACGCUCAGCGGGAGCGAGCUGUGAGGGAGAUGCUGACGCUGCACUGCCCCCUGCAGGAGACGCAGGAGUCGGCGCGCAGGGAGCGCUUCCUGACGGAGCGGCUGCUGAUCCCGGAGCAGUGGAUCCACGAGGCCAAGGCCACCCGAGCACGCCGCAACGCCGACCGCCACCAGGAGGCGCUGCACCUGUACCGAGCCGGAUACUGGAGCCAGUGUCACCGGCUGCUCAUCCAGCACCUGGCCUCAGACUGCAUCAUCAACGACAACCACGACUACCUGCUGGAGUUCCUGGAGGGGCUGGCGGUCCCUGAACACAGCGCCACCAUCCAGGACUGGGACACCGCGGGGGGCGUCUACCUCGACUACAUCCGAGUCAUAAAGACUCUACAGGACAUACAGCAGAUGGAAAACGCCGGUUACGAGUUGGAGCGACUCUACACCGACGUGACGUCUCUCUGCAGCCGGAUCGAGCUGCUGCCCUGCAGCACCGCCAGAGACCGCCUCGCCCAAUCAGGUAAGAGUGCCACCUCCAGCCAGCAACAAAACAUCUGACUGUAAACAACAACAACAACAGCAGCAGCCGCUGGCCUCUGAUUGGCUGUUAGCAGAAAAUGAGGGUCAGAUUUAAGACCGUGGGAGAGAACACGGAAACAUGAUUUAUGAUGGACGUGACUCCCAAAACGUUUUUACGCAACAGAAACUUUUUAACUGAGCUGCAGUCAGCUAGCAUCGUAAUAAUAUUAACUUCAAAUCGAUCCAUUUCAUUUCACGUACUUAACAUAAAACAUGUAUGUAUAAACUUACAAAGAUACGAUGUAUUUCCUGUGCCGUGG